AUGUCUGACGUAGAAGAGGAGUACGAGGAGCAGGCAGAGGAGGAGCAGGAGGAGGAGCAGCAGGAGGACGAGCCUGAGCAGACAGAGGAGGAUGGGGGAGAUCAACACGACUACCAAGAGGAGGAGCGACCCAAGCCAAAGCCGAUGGUUCCUCAACUCGCCCCACCAAAGAUCCCAGAAGGGGAGAGAGUGGACUUUGAUGACAUCCACAGAAAGCGUAUGGAGAAGGACUUACUGGAGCUGCACACUCUGAUCGACGUCCACUUUGAGCAGAGGAAAAAGGACGAGGAAGAACUUAUCGGUCUGAAGGAUCGAAUUGAGCGUCGUCGGUCAGAGCGAGCUGAGAUCCAGCGGGUCAGAGCAGAGAAGGAGAAGGACAGACAGAACAGGAUCGCGGAGGAACGCCACAGAAAAGAGGAAGAGGAAGCCAAGAAGAAGGCUGAUGAUGAGGCCAAGAAGAAGAAAGUGCUGUCUGGCAUGGGAGCAAACUUUGGAGGCUUCCUGGCCAAGGCCGAGUCAAGGAAGGGGAAGCGUCUUACAGGCAGAGAGAUCAAGAAGAAGACUCUCGCUGAGAGACGAGAGCCACUGGGUAUCGAAAAUAUGAGAGAGGAUGGACUCCGGCAACGGGCCCAGGAGAUGUGGAACUGGAUCUAUCAGCUGGAGUCUGAGAAGUUUGACUAUAUGGAGCACAUGAAGCACCAGAAAUAUGAGAUCAUUGUGCUGCUGAACAGAAUCCAACAUGCUCAGAAAUUUAAAAAGGGCCAUGGUAAAGGGAAGGUGGGUGGACGCUGGAAGUGAAGAGGAGAAAUGAAGAAAAAAGCUGAAAUUGUUGCCUAAUGAUUGUGAUGAAGACAGUUUAUGGUUGAUGGAGAAGCACGCAUUUUCUCUAUAUGAUCUGCUAGUGCCGUAGUCACUCUGUCGACCUUUUCUGUGUGUG